AUGAAGCGAGCAUUUGAGGAUGGUUGGGGCGCCGUCAUUGCUAAGACUGUGUCCCUGGACUCGUCCAAGGUCGUCAAUGUCACGCCACGCUAUGCAAAGAUGUUUGCCCCCGGCUCCAAAAAGGACGUGAUUGGGUGGGAGAAUAUCGAGCUCAUCUCCGACAGGCCCUUCGAGACCAUGCUGGAGGAGUUCAAGCGACUAAAGGCCGAGUUCCCAGACAGGGUGCUCAUCGCCAGCAUCAUGGAGGAGGUCAACCGUGCCUCCUGGGAGGAGAUCGUGGAGCGGUGCCAGGAGGCGGGGGCCGACGCAUUCGAGAUCAACUUCAGCUGCCCGCAUGGCAUGCCCGAGCGCCGCAUGGGCAUGGCUAUGGGCCAGGACCCGGACCUCCUCUCCGAGGUCUGCUCCUGGGUUACCGCCAAGGCCACGGUGCCAGUCUGGGCCAAGAUGACGCCCAAUAUCACCGACAUCGCGGUACCCGCGGCCGCCGCCCUGCGUGCGGGGUGCGAGGGAGUGUCCGCCAUCAACACCAUCACCAGCGUCAUGGGCGUGGACCUGGCCACGCUGCGCCCGCAGCCCAGCGUGCAGGGCCACACGACGCCGGGCGGCUAUUCCUACACCGCCGUCAAGCCCAUCGCCCUGGCCAAGGUCAUGUCCAUCGCCAAGGCCAUCGCGGCGGACCACCCGGGCGCCUCGCUGUCGGGCCUGGGCGGGGUGGCCACGGGAAGUGACGCCGCGGAGUUCAUCCUCAUCGGCGCAGACACCGUUCAGGUGUGCACCGGGGUCAUGCUCAAGGGAUAUGGUCUGGUGCGUGACCUCUGCGCCGAGCUGCAGGACUUCAUGCGGCAGCAUGACUUCAAGAGCAUUGACGAGUUCAGAGGCAAGGCGCUCCCCUACUUCACCACACACCACGAGCUCGUCAGGAUGCAGAGGGAGGCCAUUGCGGAGAAGAAAGCAAAGCGAGUGGGUCUGUCUCGCGACGAUGACUGGUCCGGCGACGGCUUCGUGAAGGAGGCCGAGUCCAUGGUUGCGCAGUGA